AUGGAUGAAUUAUUAAGUGCUGUAGUGUAAAGAAAAUCAAAGAUAAAUGAAGUCUUGGAAACGAUUUUAAAACUGAAGGUUAAAAAUGUCAUAAGUCAAUCUGAAAGAUCAACAAUAUAUGCGAUCAUAAGGAAACUGAAAGAGGAGGAGAAAAAUAGAACAGAAAAAGAGAAUUGGAUUGUCAGCAUAAUGAGAAACACAAAAUAAUACAACGAGGAGCAGAUGAAUCAUAUAUUUGUUAAAACCAAUGAUAUCAUGAAAUUGAUUAAUGAAUCUUUUAUUGAACUUCCCUAUUAACCGCCCAAUAGUCUGGUUCAAUUUUUGGAAUAAUACUACAAUUUACACCAAGGGUUCUUUUAGCAAAUGAAUUAAGAGUACCAAUUAAAAAUAUAAUACAAACAAGCUAUCAAAUAAGGAAAUAUCAAUUUGAUAACUGAUUUAAUCAAAGCAUUGUUAGCAUCUUCACGAAAAAUCCUAAAAGAUAAUAUCGAUGAUUUGGCAUACUAAGUUAACAAGGAUCUAUCGCCUGAAAAGCAAAAGAUUAUGAAAAAAUUAAUACCAGAUCCAUUGGUCGAGCAUUUAAGAACUAGAUCAUCCACUUAGAAUGGAAAAAAAGAUGGAACAGUUAUCAGUAUGACAAACAGUGUAAUUCAAAAUGAAGAGCCGAUUAGAUACAACGACAAGAGGGAGUAUCAAUAAAUCAAAGAAAAGUUGAAAUAGCAAUAACGAAGAUUUAUUUUAUAACCAAAAAUCCCAAAUCAGGAAAUUAUGUUCUUGGAUUCACCAGUGUAUUAAUUAAAGUUGAAAUACUAAUAAUACAACAAUAGCAAUAUUGAAAAGAAUCAAUUUGCUUCUCUAUUCAAUAACAUCAAUCUUGAUGAUUUGGAUGAUCAAAACAUAUGUGUUCUAGAUUAUCAAACUAUCAAAAGAUAAUAAUAAAAUUUUGAAGAAUUUAAACUUAACUUUGAUAGUCUAUACGAUAAGAUUAAGAUGAGGAACAGCUAUAUACAACAAUCAGUAAUGGAUUACAAUUAGUAUAUUUCAAAGAAAUGUACCAAUUCUACUAUGAUGCUGAGUAGUCAAUGCAAUAACAAUUUAGAAAAUGAGUUUUUUAAUGUUAUCAAAGAUAAGUAUGAAGAGUUAACAAGUUUGAAUGCAGAAUUCUAAUAAAAUAUGUGUCAUUAUCAUUUUUGUAGGAUCUAUCUAAAACCACAUAUUAAUUCAAUUUGUGCCUGCUAUAACACCAACAGUAGUAAAUAUGAAUUAAACUCAAAUCCAAUUAAAAAUAAGAUUGUCAUCAGAAAAUCCGUGUAGAGUAUUAAAAAAUCAACACCCAUUUAAUAAAAUUAAAAUACAUUUACUUCAAAAAAUCUUAUCGAAUAAUUGAAGAAAGAGAGAACUUUCAACUAAUCAAUCAUAUUAGAAGAUUCCAGUUAUCAAGAUAUUUAUAAAUACAAUAAUAGCAGUGGCAUAAGUCCCUUAAACAACUCGAUACUCUAAAUACGGAAAUUGGAUUAAUCAUAAAAUUUAAAUGGAAGUACUUAAUAUAAAUUAUAUUCUCAUAAAUUAUCAAGCGAUAUAUAAUCAUUCAAAUAAACUUCGUUGCAUCAUAGAGCUUAAUCGGCUAAUGGAGAUUAAUUAAUUAUUCCUCCUCUCAACUUGAGGAAUUGUGCAGAGUGA